CCACCUCCCCGGAUCUGAGGGGUCCAGUCCGCAGUCACCAGCAGCGUCUCAAGCCUUUCACCGAAAUCAUUCCUCCUCCUGCGCUGGACGGACACACACUCGCAUUUUAAGCGGCAGCAGCUGAAUCGCUCGCCCUUGUCUGCAAGGUGACCCCGCUGAAGGAUGUCCUCUACCUCGGAUCACCCCCUCCUCCUCUACACCACAGUGCCCUCCUUUCUCUCAGCCACUCCAGGAAUCCUGGCCGAGCCCAAUGCUACCUUGUGCCAGGAGUGGGAGCAGGCCCACCACAUCAUCUUCCAUCUGGGGAACCUGUCCCUGCUGCUGGGCCUGGUCAUCCCGACCACCCUGGGUCUGCACAUGAUCCUGCUGCGCCUCCUCCUGAUGACAGGAUGUGCUCUCUUCAUUGCGUGGGCCACCCUGUACAGGUGCAACCUGGAUGUGAUGGUUUGGAAUGUGGUUUUCCUGGUGGUCAACUUCAUGCACUUCUUCUUCCUCCUGUACAAACGAAGGCCUAUUAAGAUCGACAGGGAGCUGCGGUCGGUCUACAAGCGGAUGUUUGAGCCCCUCCAUGUGCAGGAGGCUUUGUUCCAGAGGCUCACGGGACAGUUCUGCACCAUCCAGACGCUGAAGAAAGGCCAGGCCUACGCCGCUGAGGACAAGACCUCUGUGGACGAACGCCUCAGCAUUCUGCUCAAAGGAAAGAUGAAGGUUUCAUACAGGGGCCAUUUCCUCCACAACAUCUACACCAAUUCAUUCAUUGACUCUCCAGAGUUCAGGUCCACUGAGAUGCACAGAGGAGAGAAGUUCCAGGUGACCAUCAUGGCGGAGGAGAACUGUAAGUUCUUGUGUUGGUCUCGAGAGAGGCUCACCUUCUUCCUGGAGUCGGACACUUUCCUCAGUGAGGUGUUCAGGUACCUCAUUGGCAAAGACAUCACCAAUAAACUGUACUCGCUGAACGACCCCACGCUCAGCGACAAGGCGGUGAAGAAGAUGGACCGUCAGCCCAGCCUGUGCUCUCAGCUGUCCAUGAUGCAGAUGAGGAACAGCAUGGCGAGCACCAACGACACGGAUGAUGUCCUUAACCAGAUCCUGCGAGGAGGAUCGGCUGGAUCAUCGCUCCAAAAAUCACCUGGCACCAAGACCUCAAAGAUGAAUCCCAUCGAAGAAGGUAUGGAGGAUGACGUUUUCCAGGAAUCUGCUCCCUCUGAGUCUCACCGUAUGCCCAGCACGUCCACCACGGAGGAGGUGUAGCCUGCAGGAGAGGAACACACAUCAUCGGAUGGAUAUUAUGUAGGUCUGUUUAAUAACCUGACUCCUAGAGCCUGACUGAACACCGACAUGGCUGCUACUAAAAGACAUGUGAAAGAUAUGUGUGCGGUCAUUUAGAAAGAGUCUGUCCACCACAGAGCACUGACAGGUUUUAUUUUAAUGCUGUAAAAUGUCACAAAAACCUUUUCAAAAGUUAAUGUGUUUAUUAAAACUAAAAAAUAUUAGCAUUCACACACACACACACAAAAAAAAAAACAUCUGGUGCAGCAGGUCAAGCAAGGGUCCAUGUCGCUGGGGGUGUUUGACAGUGUGUUAAUACAAAGGAGAAUUCUGACUUGAGACCAAUAAAACAGAAAGUGACAGUGCAGCGAUGUAUGACCUUUUACUCCACGGCAGGUUUGUACAACUCUGGAAAGGUCACCACGGCGGCAAUGAUGUCCGCAGUGUCUGGGUAAACAGCAGAACCUAACAACGCUUCACGGUAAACAAGAAGCUUCUUCCCGUGGUCGUCUUCAGUCCGAUCGUCCACUUACGUGAUUGGCCAACGCAGCACCUUGCCCAACGACAAUCACAUGUAUUGCAGAAAAAAACUGAACCACAUUUUUGAGGGAGCCUCUGUAUGGUGGCAGGCACUGGUGAAUGAGAGGUCAGCAUUAUCUCGUCCUUAUCAGUCGCUGAGGGGAGCAACUAAAAAAAAGGGGAAUGCUGACUUGGCUCGUGACAGAAGUUUGACUUGUUGUGCAACGUUAUUGAUUCUCUCACACAUACACACAACAUGCUGACAUUACAGAAGUUGUGGGAAUGGUUUCAUACAGUUAUAUGAAUGGUUAUAUUACAUUACAGCCUGUGGUAACUUCUCACCAGCCAAACCCCAAACAGUCAGUCAUCGCUCAUCACACUCACUCACUCACUGGUGGUUAUUGCCACAUGGUUAUAUUACAAAGUGUGCACCAUUCCUGUUAAAUGGUCUUGUGCAGAUGGACUCUUCGUCAUUGUGUCUGCAUUUAUUCAUUGUAACAGUGAAACAACAGUGCCAUCAUGAGGUCUAAAUGGAAAUUACAACAUUUUGUAACAUUACAAUUACAACUGACUUAUUGAACAGCCUAGCUCAGUGUGUAGCUCACCUUUAGGAGUGUUGAGGAAGAGACACUACUGCCCUCUCAUUUACCACUAAGUUAUUAAAUCAUUUGUUGGCCUCGACACAGACAGAGGCUCCUCUGAUUUCUCAGUGGUCUGAAUUUUUCUCACGCUUCCUGCACCACACUGGGAUAACUUGUGGGCCCUUCACAUUACAUUUAAUUAUUUGCUCUAUUGUUUAUAUAAAAAUAUUAAUUAGUGCUGCUUUUAAUUCUUAAAUUUCAGUAUUAGAAUUGGUCUCAAAUUCUAAUAUCAGUAUCUGUAUCAGUCGGGCUCAAACAACUACUUCUAACUUCUGACUAUACAGCACAGUCCUGCCAUCCAGGACAGAUCACGCUCAAAACAGAAUCAUGUAAAUUUUCGUUCAUUUGUUUUUGGAAAACAUAACUCUGUCAGUCUCUUGUCUUUGUGUGAUAUGAUCAUUGAUGCAAAUCCAUUUUUAUUAUGCUUUUAAUACAUUUAUGCACAAGCAUUUUUCUGUUUUAGCCAUAAGCUCAUAAGUGUCACAACGUUCACCACAGAAUUUUUGUUAGUGAGGAUUUUCUUUGUAGAAAUUAUUUUAUUUAACAAUGUAUUCUUUUUAUGAUGUUUGAAACUGAACACAGUUCACUGUGUGUGUUUAAUAAACUAUUGGUGUGAAA